ACCGCUGCGUGGGUGGGCGUGGCUCAAGAGUGCCAGGUCUCCAGUUUUCCCUCAGAGAGCCAUGGCUGCUGCGGCUGCGAUGCCUCCCCCUGCCUUGUGCCGGCCGUCGGGAGACGCUGAGCGGCCGCCUUCGCACCUGGCGGCGCUCAUACUGGCCCGCGGAGGCAGCAAAGGCAUCCCGCUGAAGAACAUUAAGCCCCUCGCCGGGGUCCCGCUGAUUGGCUGGGUGCUGAGGGCAGCCCUCGACUCUGGCGUCUUUCAGAGUGUUUGGGUUUCCACGGACCAUGAUGAAAUUGAGAAAGUAGCCAAGCAGUUUGGAGCUCAGGUUCAUCGAAGGAGCUCAGAAGUGUCCAAAGAUUCCUCCACCUCCAUGGACGCCAUUGUGGAAUUCCUCCAGUAUCAUGACGAGGUUGAUGUCAUAGGAAACAUUCAAGCAACCUCUCCCUGUUUGCAUCCCACCGAUCUAAUCAAAGUGGUUAAAAUGAUCCAGGAGGAUGGGUUCGACUCUGUCUUCUCUGUUGUGAGGCGGCACCAGUUUAGGUGGAGCGAAAUCAAAAAAGGAGUGUGUGAAGUGACUGUGCCACAAAAUCUGAACCCGGCCAAACGUCCCCGGCGCCAGGACUGGGAUGGAGAGUUGUUUGAAAAUGGGUCCUUUUAUUUUGCCAAAAGAGCCUUGAUUGAAAAAGGGUAUUUGCAGGGUGGGAAAAUGGCUUAUUACGAAAUGCGAGCCGAGCACAGCGUGGAUAUAGAUGUUGACAUCGACUGGCCAAUUGCAGAGCAAAGGGUCCUGAGGUACGGCUACUUUGGUAAAGAGACCCUGAAGGAGGUGAAGCUGCUAGUUUGUACUAUUGAUGGUUGCCUCACCACUGGCCACAUCUAUGUUUCAGAAGAUGAGAAGGAGAUCGUUUCCUAUGAUGUCAGAGAUGCUGUGGGGAUUAACUUGCUUCAGAAAAGAGGCGUUGAGGUGCGGAUGAUCUCCGAGAGGAAAUGCUCAUCAAAAAUGCUUUCUGCCGUGACGCUGGGUUGUGUUGUGGAAGUCAGCGUGACAGACAAGCUUCAAGUUGUAGAGGAAUGGAGGAAGGAAAUGGGGUUGUGCUGGAAGGAAGUGGCAUACUUAGGAAAUGAAGAGUCCGACGUGGAGUGCCUGAAGAAAGCCGGCAUGAGCGCUGUUCCCGCCGACGGUUGCGCGGCUGCACAGAAAGCCACGAGCUACAUCUGCAAAUGCAAUGGGGGCCGUGGCGCCAUCCGAGAGUUUGCCGAGCACAUAUUUCUCCUGAUGGAAAAGGUGAACUCAUCCGGAAAGAAGCCAUGAUGUUAAAGGCCUGAAGCUGGGGAAAGAAGUCAUUUGAUUCCAUUCUUUUGGUCGCUUUGUUUACUCAUGCCUUUUUUAUAAACAUUUUGGGAAGCCAAGGGGCAAUGCCAGGAAUUAUUUCAAGCAUCCAUUUUCAGGCACUUGAACCAAAUAGUCAAACGUCCUUUGCCAGAUCUUUGCUGGUGUUCACAGCCAGCCUUGUUCAGUAGAGUCCUACUGAAAUAUUGGUAGCAUCAAUGUCCAUCCCUUUCCUUGGAGGUUUCAGACAUUUUGUUUUUUUAGGAACAGUUGUUCUGCCAAGGAGACAAUGCUAUGAUGCAAGGAAUUGAAGAGAACGGUCUUCUCUCUUCCACAAAGCAGUAGUACAAUGGCAUUUCAGGAAUUGUGCAUUUGCAUCGGGUUAUGUCUUAAGCAUUCCCCAAGAUUGCAAAGAGUCUGAAUCUCAUUCUUACUUUCAUGAUGGGUAACGUCAUUGCUUAGUGACAGAACACAUGUUUUGCAUGCAAAAGGUCCCAGGUUCUGUCUUGGCAUAAGUAAGAUUGGUGAUUGUAUGAUUUUUACAUAAUUUUGCGACUCUGGUCCUAACCAUUGUAGUUGGGGAAGAUGGGAGGUGUGAUUUAGGCUUCCACUUUACUGCCUUUAAGUUAAAAGAAUCAGGGAAUUGGUGAUGUGAAAUAACCCACCAGAAUGUGGAUAUUUCCCCAGUUUGAGCUGCAUCAUUCACAAUCAUCUAACAUAGUUGCAGACGGUCAGUUCUCUCACACCAGAAGCGACUUGCAGUUUCUCAAGUCGCUCCUGACACGACAAAAAAAAAAAAAUCUAACACAGUGGUUCUCAACCUGUGGGUCCCCAGAUGUUUUGGCCUUCAACUCCCAGAAAUCCUAAUAGCUGGUAAACUGGCUGGGAUUUCUGGGAGUUGCAGGCCAAAACACCUGGGGACCCACAGGUUGAGAACCACUGAUCUAACACAUAUGCCUAUGCUGGCUGGUGAAUUCUGAAAAGCUCUGCCUGAGAUUCUGAAGAGCUGCUGUUAGUCCUGGUUGUUCCAUGGAUUCUUCACCGUCUUUUGUCUUCAAAUUUGAUGUUCUACUUUCUGGCUUAACCUGUCUUUUCGCUCUGAUUUUCGAGCCUGUUCGUGCAAUGGGCAAUCAUUGAAUAUUUCCCCUUGGAGUGUAACAUUGGGGUGAGGGCUGAAUGUUAGAAUCCUGAAUGUUAGAAUUCUGAAAGAGCUUUUCUUCCAAAUAGGAAACAAAAUGCACUUUUCCCAGACAUGCUAUUUGUUCAGUUCAGGAGGGUGGCAGCAGAGAGCUGUUGAAGCAAGUGUGAGAAAGAAUUCAGAUAGUCAAUCCCAACU